CAAGACCUUUUUCACCAAAUACAACGUGUGACAAUUGCGCGGAAUGGUACAGAAAAUGGUUAUUAUUUGCAUUAAUUGGUGCUAUUACACACAACUUGCUUGUCCACAUUUGGCAACAAAUAAAGUUGUGGAGUUUGCCGGUCAUCCUGUUUUUUUAUGUAGAGAUCAAAUGCUUUCAACAACAAAAUCAACAAGCGCUCUCGACUGCUCUUGUCUUCAUCCCUGUGAUUUGAUACGCAACAAAAUUGCUCAAUUCACCGUUGAAUCUGAACAAUUCAAUUCUUCUUCUGCUAAAAAACAACCAAUAACAACAACAUUCGAUUUCUUUCAUGUUUCUGCUUAUUGUCAAAAAAGAGAAAAGCGUUGCCGUGCAAAAACAAUUACCAAAAAGAAAAAUUAGAGAACUAAAUUUCGAAAGAUAAUUUUUUGUUUGGUGGCCUUUAAAAUUAAAAA